GGCGGAAGCGGCGGCCGGUGCGCGGCCAUGGGCACCCGCGGGCUGAGGGACGCCGUGGUGGAGCUGCAGCCGGGACAGGCCCGCGAAGGCAGCGCAGACAGAGGGCCUGCCGAGGGCCGGCCCGUGGUCAUCCUCCUGGGCUGGGCCGGCUGCCAGGACAAAUACCUGGCCAAAUACAGCGCAGUCUACCGCCAGAAGGGCUGCACGGUCAUCCGCUACACAGCUCCAUGGAGGAUGGUAUUCUUCUCCGAGACCUUUGGCAUCAGAUCCCUGCAGACCCCAGCCAGACAACUCCUGGAGCUGCUCUUUGACCACAGAGUUGAGAGCAGACCGGUUCUUUUCCACGUUUUCAGCAAUGGAGGUGUCAUGCUGUACCGUUACAUCCUCGAGGCGCUCCACACCCACACGCCCUUCCAGAGCCUCAGGGUGGCCGGCACCAUUUUCGACAGCGCCCCUGGCAGAAGAAACUUGCGAGGAGCCCUUCGUGCCCUGGCAACUGUCCUGGCCUCCAUGAACGUGCUGCUCAGGUAUCUCCUGCUGUUCACUUUUGCCACCACGGCCGUCGUGCUGCGGGUCCUGCUGUACCCCCUGACGCGCUUCCUCCACGAGAGCCACUACGACGCCCUGCUGAAGGCGCCCUCGCGCUGGCCCGAGCUCUACCUCUACUCCCAGGCCGACCUCAUCAUCAAGGCCAGCGACAUUGAGCUCAUGGCCAGCGCCCGGGAGCAGCUCGGGGUUCCUGUGAAAGCCGUGGACUUCUCAGACUCGCCGCACGUCAGCCACAUGCGGGUGUACCCCGCCUACUACCGCGGCCUCUGCAGCGCCUUCCUGGCUGACUGUGCCGGGGGCUCGCCUCCCUAGUGCUCUCAUCACCUGCAGUGUUUGCCUCUCCUUGCUCAGCUCCCAUGGGAAAUGUCACCUCCUUUGCUUUUGUGUCUUUGAAAUGAGGGACGUAGAGGCUCCUUGUUUGGUUUGGUUUGUUGUUUUUUUUUCCCCUACCGUCUACAAGUCUGAAAGCCUCCAGCCUGGCCUUUGGACCAGCCACGUUAGAGCAGAAAGGAGAUAUGGAUUAAUUUAAAGUCCUGAAGGUGAAAUCCUGUCAUGGUUCAUGUUGAUGUGCUCUACCAAGGUGUCACAGACCAGAAUCUCACACUGAGUAAUAUUUGUUUCUUCCUGUCUCUUUUUGUUCUCUGCUCUCCAUGUUGUCUCCUUGUCCCUGAUGUCCAAGGUGCAUGUUCUGCUGCUUGUAUUAAUUUUACAAUACAACUCUUCCAUGUCUUUGUUGUUUUGUUGUUUUUUUUUUCUCUCUCUGCCAUUUCUUUUAUCCUGCAAUGAGCAAACAGAGCCAAGUCUGCAGGACUUUCUGCUCUUCUAACUGCAUCUCAGCUCUUGUACUCUCCUUGCUGGAGAUCAGGCCCUGAAACCAAGUGUAGGACCAGGAGAAGGUGUGUGUAGGGCAGUAUGACCAGACUGUGAUCUGGUUCCAUUUAAUUGCUGAGAUAAAACAGUCAAAGCUCUCUGAUCCUUGGUGGGAGCUCAAAUGUUUCUGAUAACUUUUGUGUUCUUCAAGGUUUAAGCUAACAUUUUUGAUUGUGUCUAGUGUUUUAUUUUUCUUCCUUCCAGUCUUUUGUGUGUUCUGCUGAGUAGUUUUGCUUUCUUGGAGAGCUACUUAUUUGUUAAUUGUAUGUCUUUAAGCAGCCUAUAUUUUGCAUCUGGAUAUUCAGGGAAAAUUUUUGGAUUACAGCUGUGCCAGACCCCAGAAACAGAGAGGUGGAACUGCAGAAGAAGAUGGAACUGUCCCUUGGAGCUAUGCUUUAUACUGGGUAUUUCUUAAAUCACCUCCAGCCUACAAAUGACCAUGAAAUAUGAUGGUUUUGUCCAUAAUGCUCUCUUCAGAUGAUCAGUCUUUGCAGUCCAUGCAACGUGUACAAGAAAUUAAUUCCUUCCACCCAGUGAAAAAGUAGCUCAUUGCACUGUACUUGAUGUUUGGGUUUAGGUUUUAUUGUUUAUUUGGGGGAGAAGUGGGGAUAAAGACCCUGAAGAGCCUGCUGAUAUGUUUAUGCUAUGUCACAGUGUAAUAAGCUAAUUAAUAACAUGGUGAACAAGUUUAGCCAACUUUAAAUUGCCAGGAGGAAGCUCUGGAGGGCUGUGACAUGGGCCUGCUUGAACAAGGAACUGCCCUAGGGAGGCAGGCACGUAAACAGCAGGAGGAGUUUUGCAAAGGUUCUGCCAGGGGGUGGCUGUGCUGCUCCUGCCCACCCUUGGGGUGCUGUCAUCCACAAUUACAAAACUCCUGCUGUUCUGGACUGAAAUGCAGAGGGGGAAGUCCUUGGGAAGCACUAAAAUAAUUUGGAAGUUUAGCACAAGAACUGUAACACCUCACAGAAGUGAAAGCACGGGGUGAGUGGCAGUGGUGACCACACAGCUGGUUUGUAGCAGACUGUUGUGACAAUGCUCAUUUGUCACAGAAUAACCCCCUGAGGGAGGGUUGGGCUGUAUAUGGGAUAAGUGAGAAUUAACUGAAAAGGGCCUGAUGACCUGGUUUGUCUUUUAUUUUUUAAAAGUGAAAACUGUCUCCAGGCACAGGAGCUUGUUGCUGGGGACCCAGUCUUCUGUAGUGUGAUCCCAGUUCCGGCUCCCACUGUGACAAUGGGGUGUGAGGGCUACUCUGUGGUAAGAGCCUCCAGCCUUGCCCUUUUCAUGCAGGAAUUCUCAUUUCUAGGGUUUGCACCUGUAAAAUCCAGGCAUGGUCCCCUAUCUCCAGAAGGGCCAUCAGAGAUCUCCCAGCUUUUUAAAGCAGGUCCUGGUUUGUGCUGUCAGUGCUGUAACUCCUGAACUGUGAUGUGUUCAUCUGCCUUUUCAGAGAUCUGGGCUGGGGCUUCUCAGCGUCCAGCCUGUUUGUGGCACUGUGAACACUCCUGGGGAACAGAGGGGAUAAAAGUUAUUUAACCAGCACUUGCCAUCAUGCUGGUUUCUACAGGUUCAGUAUUUACAGAUCAGUUAAACACUCCAUAAUAUAUGCCUCUGAAUUAAUACAAUUGUUCCUGGGAA